CGCCCGCCGCACGGCCGCCUGCGCCCGGGGCGGCGCGCUGGGUCUGGUGGCUCACGGUGGACCCGCACCACGGGCACCCGAAGCCGUAUCCGCUGGAGAUUGCCAGGAGACUGGAGAGAGCCUAUCUCGCAGAGGGAGGACUCGCUGGACCUCGGGGCGGACUUCUGGGGGGCGGAGGUCCACUUCCGGCCGCGGCUCGUGCAGAAGACCACGAAGGGCACCCGGGACGUGGGUCGGGUCGAGCUCGGCAGCGCGGACGCGACGGUCGCCGUCUUCGUGGUGAAGCACGCGGACCCGAAGGUCGGGUGGCGCAGCGCGGAGGAGGGGGCCGAGGGCGCGGAGAGGCGGACGCUGAGGGAGGCGGACGUGAUGCCCAACGCGCUGAGCCUGUCUUCCGUGCCCCUGUGA